AUGGCGGCCAACGCUACCAAAAUGGCAAGGUUUCUUGCCAUCAUUCAAAUUGUAACUGGGGUUUUACUCAUCGGUUUUGGCAUCGCCGAUCGACUUGUUACUACGGAAGGGAGAUACUACUACUAUCAUGAAUGGACAGGCUACGUAUACUUCGGCAUUUGGAUCGGAAUAUGGGUAAGCAAAUGUUCUCACUUCAUGAAGAUAAAAAUAUUAUAUCUUGAAGCACGGUCUUAAAGGAAGUAGGAUAGACACAAAUAAAUAUGCUACGACUUUGCUGUAUCAGCAAAAUGUACAUCCUAAAGCUUCUAAGCUAUGUUUAUUACUAAUUCGUUACAAAAUUCGUGUAAAAUAAGACAAACGAGCGAUAAACAAAGGUCUGUAAAAACGGUAAUGGGUUCAUGAUAACCGUCACGAAUAUAGGAUUAUUCAAUGACCACUUUGCCCACUAUAAGAAAGUUGAUAUUUGGUGUAGUUUGUGCAGUUAGGGUAGUUGGUGUAGUUGCUGUAGCUGGUGUAGUUAGUGUAGUUGGUGUAGUAUAUGUAGUUGGUGUGUAGUUGCUGUAGUUGGUGUAGUUAGUGUAGUUGGUGUAGUAUAUGUAGUUGGUGUAGUUGGUGUAGUUGGUGUAGUAUGUGUAGUUGGUGUAGCAUGUGUAGUUGGUGUAGUAUUUGUAGUUAGUGUAGUUUGUGUAGUUGGUGUAGUUAGUGUAGUUGGUGUAGUUGCUGUGGUUGGUGUAGUUAGUGUAUAUGUAGUUGGUGUAGUUAGUGUAGUUGGUGUAGUAUAUGUAGUUGGUGUAGUUGGUGUAGUAUGUGUAGUUGGUGUAGUUAGUGUAGUUGGUGUAGCAUGUGUAGUUGGUGUAGUAUGUGUAGUUGGUGUAGUAUGUGUAGUUGGUGUACUAUGUGUAGUUGGUGUAGUUACUGUAGUUGGUGUAGUAUGUAUAGUUGGUGUAGUUUGUGUAGUUGGUGUAGUAUGUGUAGUUCGUGUAGUUAGUAUAGUUGGUGUAGUUACAGUAGCCUGUCUAUUUCAACAAAGCCAUUUGUCAAGCCCACGAAAAUUGAGCAUUGAACAGCUUGUCAUAAUUUGUUUCGUUGAGUCUUUCUUGUUUCCAUUUCUGCUCUUUUAUGAGACCCGACACAACUUACAGAGGGCUCAACACGGACAUUGGCCGUAUUUAUACCUGGAGAAGUCUUAGACGUCCAGACGCAUUAAACGUCAGACUGUUAAGUGCGACUAGUAUAAAUACACUUUGUCACGGUUUUCGACUCCAUCUUGACAAGUAGGCAAACGUGUGAGAAAUUACAGUGUUUGUAUGAGAAUCUAAGGGACGGACCAUUAGAAAAGUGAUGGGGGGUGGGGGGUGGCGAAAAAAACAAAAAAAAAUUCACGCAAGGGAAAAUGCCAAGAAAAAAAAUUCAUGCAAAGAAGAAGGUAAAGAAAAAAAAUUCAUGCGGAAGGAAGGUCCGAUGGUGACUUUUUCAGAAAGUCUGAGUUUCAGAAAUCAACAACCAGGCACAAUAUGAAUAAACAAUUUUUGGCCUUGAAGGAAGCACAACAGAACGCGGAUCAAAGAUACACCUACGCUAUUGGUCCCUUUCGUAGCCAAUGGCAAGUUAGUAUUUUCGAUCCUAGCCAUUAGUAUUUAAACAGUCUGCUUCGCUCUCUGUACCUAAGACUUUACCGUAGUAGCAACUGACGAGGAACGCCAUAGUUCCCAAACUGCAGUCUUGCAUAAAAAUUCAAAGCAGUCGUAUAGACGACUGUUAAGCAAAAACUUAAGUAAAUACCUACGAAGGAACAACAAGACAUUGUGCUCUAGUUCAAAGACUCACGAUGUUAAGUAAAACUAAAUGGACUGUGUGAGCGCUAAGGGAAUUAUCUUGACUGACGCACGGCAUAUUUCUCCAAACUUGGUGUAGCUUUAGUUUAAGCCACAGUGUACAACUCAAAUCUGAAGACCGCACUAUCCGUGGAAAUUCAAAAUCCUGCAAACCACAUUAUAGAGCUGGGCCCAGAGUCAUACUGACAUGGCAGGAAAUAAUCACAUUCACGGACAAAGGAACUUGCAUGCAUUCAUGCAUGUAGUUAUUCAGAUACAGUCAUUUCGAAGAAAACCAAAAAAACUAAAAUCUUUAUUCAGCCGUAACAAACAGAGGUCAAAGAAAAUUUAAACAGUUUACAACUGCAUCUGAAAUCAAAUCCUAUCAGGAACACCUACAGAAGCAUAAACUACAGGGAAUGAUUACGCAGUAUGCAUGUAACAAACCUGCUUCAUGACCUCUAAAUAUAACACUUAGUGCGGCAAAAACAAGAUUUACUCAGUCAAAGUUUAGAAUGCUACAAGUCGUGCACUGUGUAGUGCUAGUAACCUUCGCGCAAGAGAGAAAAAGAAAUAGAACCACUGUUCAAGCAGACUCUCAAGGUCACGUUUCACAUUAUCGCGAGCUUAUGAGUCGUGUUUGGCCUGUCAACGCUUAUUUCUUAAUGCAGCCAGCGACUAUGCGGAACUCUCACACGAGUGGCUUCCUCCUCUCUCACUGUGUGUACAUUUUCGAAAAAAUUUUGCAUUAAAGUGGCCUAAUAAUAAUUUAUAAAGUACAAAAACAUAGAUGAUGAAUCAAGAUUUCACUGUUCCAAAAAAAAGGAAAAUUUGUCUGAAAAAAAAUUCGUGCAGAGGUCAGUUUCACCUGAAAAAAAAUUUCUGCACGAGCAGUGAGCGAAAAAAAAGUUUGUGCAAGCUGAAAAUUCCCCCCCCCCUCCCAUCACUUUUCUAAUGGUCCCUAAUGUCGAAUAAUUUCUGUAAAACGGCUGCUCUGAAAACAAUAUAAAUUGUAAACUAAAGCUGCAAAGCAAAGGAUUGUCCUAAAAAAAUUGGGGGGCGUACCUGUGCUUAAAUUUCUCCAGAGGCUUUCUUUAGAUCUUCCAUAUAUUUGUCUGUAAUUUCCCCGGGACUUUCUUACAGACAAAUGAAUAGAAAAUUUUAAAAAGUGGUUCUAGGUCUUCUAGUACAUGCAACGCCCUCAAAUGUUUUCAGGAGAAUCCUUAGGAGUGAAGCUUCAGUUUACAAAUCAUAUUUUUUUCAGAACAGCCGUUCUACGGAAAUUAUUCGACAUUAGAUUCUGAUACAAUCACUGUAAUUUCUCACGCCUUUGCCUACUCGUCAAGAUGGUGUCGAAAACCGUGACAAGGUCUAUACAGGACGCACUCAACUUGGUCUUUGCUUUUCUUUCUUUGGCAGGUCUUCCUCUUUAUCCUUCCCCUCCAGUAGCCGAGUAUGCAGCUCUUUCUUAACUUGUUCAAAUAUACGUAUAUUGGCAGAUUUCUUCAAAGCCAAAGUUUCUGAAGUGAGGGCAAAUUCACUUUUGUCGUCUGCUAGCCCAAUGGCGAAUUGCUUCAACUCGAUAUCUGUCCAUUUUCUCUCCCUAACCUCGAGCCGUUUCUUCCUUUUCCUUGCGGCAGCCAUUUUGUUGCCUUGGAGCCUCGAUUGCAUGCAACUUUUAGCACUUGAGUGCCUCUCGUUAAGUGCGUGCCGUUUUUAUACUAGACGUCUCAAACGCCUGAGAAGACUAAUUCAUCAGUUAAGUGCGUCGAUCGGACGCACAUAACUUCAGACGUUUUAUUCGGAUCGUCUGACGUUUAAUGCGUUUAAAUUGGAUGCACCUAUUCCUGAGCCACAAGGCAAGCAUUGCUAUAUAUAUGUCCCUCAGCCGUAUGCUCCUAGUUGUGUUCAUUGAUAGGUUUCACGAAACGUUGAACAUAAUUGCGCAAAAAAAAGAUGUGUAUUGUUAAUAAGUGUCGUUCAAUAUUGUUAUUGCAGAUGUGCAUCGCAGGGGGUCUGGGAAUACCCGGAAGUGCCAGAGAAAGAACCAGUUCCCGCAAUGCUUUCGUAAGUAAGGCGUGGCUUCACAUCUGAUUCAGCACGGUUUCCUAAAUAAAUUAUCGCCAUUUGCCUAUAAUUAAAGGCCAAAUUCAUGCCUGGUUAAAGCAGUACUCUUCACUUCACUGCCCACCAUCUGAACACCUAAAACAGCUAGAGGCUCCUUGAUCGGGCUUUAAGCACUCGAACAAGGGCCUCUGCGAGCAGAGGCUACCUUUUUGGCGGUCAGAUAAGCCACCUCAUAUAUUUGAUGCUGUUUUUGUCUACAUUUUCUGCAAAAAAUGUAUAAUAAAACAAUUAUUAGAUUCGGUUUUUGUGAUAUCCAGAAUAAUCAAGGUCUCGGCUCCGGCUCCGACUUAUCUCGACCUUGAUUAUUUCGGCUAUCACAAAAACCUCAUCUGAUAAUUGUUUAUUGCAGGCCGGGAAAAAGGAUCAGAUUUGAAAUCGUUUUUAUGGUCGUUGUAAUAGAUUAGCCUUUUUGUUAUUGACCCUGCCUUCCAAGUAUCGUACUUUGUGCAGAUGAAGGACCUGGUUGUGUGUUGAAUGUUGUUUGUUUGAAUUUAUUAAUUUCUCAGGCUGGUGUUUUCAUGGGGUUUUCGAUUACCUCAGCUGUAUUAGGUGGAGUUAUCAUCAUAUGUUACAGUAUUGCGAUUUCUCAGCUCAGAGGAUAUGAUUCCAGGCGUAAUCGUAGUAGGACCUACUACAAUUACAAUUCUUACAGCUACCGUUAUGGGCGAGAUAAUUACAACUAUCAUGGAAAGAUGGCCAUUCUUGCCAUUAUGCUUAUCCUGGGCAUUGUUACAUUCGGGGCUGGAAUCUGGGCAGCGAUUUGCACCUGUUUGAUGAAGCCAUGUGGUUGCUGCGGACAGCCGCCGGUAAGUUAUAUGUAA